CAGGCCACGUCGAAGCCCACGGCGGAGGCGACGUCGCCGCCGCCGCCCGCGGUGGCUUGGGAGAGCCUCGGCAACGACACGGACGACCUCAUGGAGUCUUGCGUCCGCUGGCAGGAGAAGGUCGUGUGCGGCUUUGGGCUCAGCGCCGCUGGCUGCGUCCGGGGCGGGCGCCUCUGCGGCGUCCCCCCGGCGAUGGGCGGCGUGGACCCCGAUUUGGCCCGCGCAGACCUGGGGGCCCUGGAGGCGCGGAUGCUGGACCUGGUGCGGCAAAGGUUCCCCGUGGACCCAGGCUGCCCCGCCGUGCUGGUCAACGACGGCGACGCCUCCGCCCUGUACGGAGCCAAGGGGCUGGGAAGCAGCGACCGUGCCGGGCUCUUCCUCUCCUGCGGCACCGGGCUGGCCGGGGGCAUCGUAUGGAGGAGCCAGUGCUGCGAGGGCGUGCUGGAGCUCGGGAAGUUGGUGCUGGGGCUCCGCAGGUCGGAAGGCGGCGUGGUGCCGCGGCACGACGGCCUGGCAGUGGAGGGCGUGGCGCAGGGCAUGGCCGGGACGCAGCGCUCGUUCUUCAACCUACUGGCCGCGCGCGGGGGUGCUCUCGUCGAGGGCAAGGCGGAGCAGCGGGCGGCACUGGUCGCGAUGCAGAAGGGCCCCUUGGACGAGAACGUGCGCGGCAUCUUUACCUCCCUCGGCACUUGGCUCGCCAACUUCGUGCUCGAGCUCAACGACUACCUGCCUCGCCCCGUCGAGUACGUGGAGGCUGGGGGCAAGCUGACCGAUGGCCCGUCUGGGCAGCUGAUGCUCGACACUUGCCAUGCCCUGUUGCGGGACCACGGGGUAUCCGAGGUGCGGAAGGCUGACGACAGCGAGUUUGGCCAGGCCAUCGCCAUGGCCGAGCUGGUGCGCGUCAAGACUUGAAAACUCCUGUCCGCCACCCUUCUCUUCCUCUGUGUCCUAGUCAUCUGGAACCCGCUCGUCGAAACGACGACGGGGACGACGC